AUCAAAGAUGUAAGAGUUCCAUUCACUUGCCACACAAUGUAUUUUUUUGAGUCAUAUUGGUUUAAUUUUGCUAAAUAAAUUAUUUUAACGAUUCGUAUUCAAAACCAAUGUUUUGGAUUUCAGAAGUAACAAGCUAAGUUUUCUUUUCACGCUAUGUCAGCCUGGAUUCACCUGUUGACCUACAAAUGUUUGCUUAAUCCAUAAGUUUUUUCGUAUUUGCCUUUUUGCUUCUUUUUACACAACUGAUUUUAUCGCGUUAAAAUCGAAAUUCCAAAUUAGGAACGUAACAUAUACGAUCGAUGGCCUCGCCUAGUCGGUGUUCCCAGCGUUCCCUGAUCAACGAGGGCCUCAAAUUGUUAACCACAAAGCUGGGAAGGACCCAGCACAUGCUUCCGCUGAGGGAGUUCAGCGUGUCCACGCUGCAGGGUGUGGAGCUCCAUCAUCAGUAUACAGGUCCGACCAGGAUGUCCCAGCGACUGGCGGAUGCCCAGAAGCGCACCCAAUUGCUGGAGAACCGGAACCGUCAGCUCAAGGAUCUGGCGCUGGAUAAAUCGGAAGUCUUCGAGUCGCGAACAGUGAUGCUGUACUCCCGAGCCUUCGACAUCAGUCAGGAACUGAUCGUAACCAGGAUGAGGAUCAACGAAUUGGAGAACGCCUGCACGCAACUACGAAGGCGCAUUCUGGAGCUGAAGCUCCGACACAUCCAGCGUCGCCGGCUCCUCUGCCAUGAGGUACAGAUGCUGCAGCAAGCCCUGGAACACCAGGUGCCCACGAUCCUUAUGCGCCUCUGGCGCGGUCUUUGCUUCCUCUGGAACUGUGUGGACUGCCUGUCGCUGGUGUCCCGCGUGACCCGUCCUGCUUUUAAGGCAGAGUCCACAAUGGAUGCCCUCAAUCUCUUUGUGGCGGGCUUUUGA